GGUGAGCGAGGAAGAGUGAGAAAAUGCACAGAGCUAUGGAAGAAGAAGGUAUCGAGUUUGAGAAGAAGGUUUCGAUAAACGAUACAAUGGAGGUUGAUCCAACCAGAAUCAUCGUUUUGCUUCGUGAUUUUCUCGGCAUUCAGCAACGAAGAGCCGAAGCUUAUUCCAACCUCAAAAGGGGUUUUUCUGACUACAUGACUUCUGGAGGGGAGUUGGCUUACCAGCAGCUUUGCAGUGGAAUUACAACAGAGUUUAAUGAUUGCUCAAAAAAGGUUCUUGAAAUGGAGUCACUUUUUCGGAGCCCUGACUAUUGCCGGGUUGAUCUGGCACAGAUUCUUAGAGCUGUUCAAGAUCAGGAAAAGCAGAAACUACAUCUGACAGCGACAAUUCAGUUGUUAAAGAAAGCCGGCCGCCCAUCUGAACGUCUGGUGAGCCAUGAGAAUUGCAAAUACACAAAGCCAUCGGAGCAUGUGUGUGCAAAUGUUCAGGAGAUUACAGAAGCUUCAGGGACUGAAGAAGCAGAAGCGGAUGCUGAGUAUGAUAAUGCUCUAAAGGAAGCUAUUAGAGGAGUCCAGGAUGCUGUCAUGGCCAUAAAUGAACAUCUAGAAGAAGUCAGAUAUGAAAUUGCUGCCCUUGAAGUAGAGUGAUUCUUUGCGUGUUCAUUUGCUACAAAUUUACUCACAUUCAAUCACAAUUAUUUGCCUGUGAAUGUGUAGGUGCAGACGCUCAGUGCUAAUGCUAACCAAUAUUGCUAUGUACAUAGGCGCCCUAAAUGCUGCUCAUGAGUUUUGUUUUGUUAUAAGCAGUUUAUGAUAAAAUCGCAAAAAAAAAUCAUGGAUUUUUAUUUA